AUGGCUAGUUUUGCAGAAAACUUAGUCAAGAACCUCAACUACCCUCUUUCUCUCGGUCUCUCCGAUCGUCUCAGCCACCUCAGUACAUCACUCGCUCAGUCCCUUAACCUCAAACCCCAACAACCACAAGUCCCACCAACAGAACCUGUAGAUAUCCGCCGUCUUGCACCACCUGCACCAGAACAAACAAAAGGCACCUUUGAAAUCAAUCUUAUCGACGCAAAACACCUAGCCAUUCAUGAUUCUCUCAAGGCACAAGUUUACUGUCUAGUCUAUUAUCAGGGCAAUGUACUAUCCACUCUCGAUACAAUCCAAAACCCCGUCACCACAACCGCAAACGCAACAAAUGCUUCAUACUCUCCUUUCGAUUUACUCAACAUGGUCUCGAGACAAGCAAACCCAACCUGGAAUACCACAGCCACAUUUGAUGUAAGCUCUGAACAGGGCGAAUUGACACUCUUUGUGUACGAUCGAGGCAAUCCACUAGAAUCAGGCGAAGACCGAUGCCUUGGCACUGCUACUUUACAACCCAGGCUGCAGCACGAGAAGACGAUCGAAUUGAGAUUGGAAUUACAACCCCCCAUUCCUUUGGCUACUUGCUCUCAAUCCACAACGUCUGUCUCGGGCCAUGUCCGUCUCCAGCUAACCUACAUGGAUGCCGAAGCACGCAUCAAACUUACACCUGACUCUUUUCACAUUGUCCGGUUACUAGGUCGUGGUUCAUUUGGCAAGGUGUAUCAGGUCAUAAAGCGCAACACUAAACAGACAUAUGCAAUGAAAGUGCUUUCAAAGCGACUACUGGUGGCCGAGAAUGAGAUUGCACAUACCCUAUCCGAACGCAAUGUCCUCAUUGGAACGUUCACAAAUCCCUUUAUAGUCUCACUCAAGUUUAGUUUCCAGACUCCCGAACACUUGUUUCUGGUGAUGGAGUAUAUUCCGGGCGGUGACCUCUUCGAACACCUCCAGAGACAAACGUUCGUAUCAGAUCAAGUGGCUCGCUUUUUUAUCUCUGAAAUCAUCUGCGCCUUCCAAGACAUUCACGCCCAGAACGUCGUCUACCGUGACCUCAAGCCAGAAAACAUCAUGCUCGACAGUCUGGGCCAUAUUGCUCUCACAGACUUUGGUCUCUGCAAAGAGUUGGGCCAAAGCCAGACAACAGCCACCUUUUGUGGAACAGGCGAAUACCUGGCUCCAGAAAUGGUGCUCCACAAACCAUACGGCCAGCAGGUCGACUGGUGGAGUCUGGGCAUCUUGCUCUACGAACUGCUGGUCGGAAGACCUCCCUUCCAGGCCGUCAAUCGCAACACUCUCUAUGACCGCAUCUGCCGUGCAAAACUCUCCUUCCCGUCCCACGUCUCUGCGCAGUCCAAGGAUCUCAUCCGCAGCUUACUCGAACGAGACCCUCUCAAACGACUGGGUGCCAAGGGCGCCGAACAGGUCAAGGCCCACCCUUGGUUUGAUGCCGUCCAGUGGGAUCUUGUGGCAUCCAAACGUGUACAGCCUCCACCACUUCUUGCCUCUAAACCACCACCAAAGCCAAUCUGUAUCCCUACUUCCAAAAAGCGAGAUACCCAUGCAUCAUUUCUCUCUUCACUUCAAGACAAUUCUCCACUCAGUCCCACAAUCCAAUCUGCCUUUCAUGGUUUUAGUUAUGUCAACGAGACUAGCCAAGCUAGUCUUCGCUCUUCCAUUAUCUCGUUCGAUGACGAUGAUUUCUAGUAUAAAUACUUUUUUUUUCUAUAUAUGAUUUUCUCAAUUCACUUGUACAUACCCCCCAAAUUCAUUUAAUAAAUACAUCAAUACAUCAAU